AUGGUCGAAAGCAUUCUUAAAAUACUCGUCACGCUGCUGUACUCCUGCUGUGCAUGGUUGCUGCAAAGUAUUACAACGAAGUUUGCCACCAUAAUGGACUUUAAACAAAACGGGUCAGCUGGAUCAUCACAACAGCAGCCGCAACAGCAACAAUCUCACGUUGGUGGUGUCCUGUACGGUAGCGAUGCUCGCAACGGAAAUGCAUCUGUACGUCUACAAUCGUUAAAGCAACACCAACCGCUACCCAUGGCGACGGGAACGAAUGGCACCUUAACCGGGAACCCAUCGUCCAGUGCACCACCACCAUUGCGCCGCAGAUGUCGCAGUGAAAGUCUUCCAAUGGCACCGCUGCUGUACGGUACCACUGAUCAGCCUCCACAACCAGGCAUUGGUCGAUCGAAAAAGGUUCUCCAAGGCCAAUCGCACCAACCUAGUCUAAGUCAUCAUAAGCAAAAGUUCGCUGGUACCGGUAGCACAUCGAUGGCUCUGCACGAUCAUCCGGUUUCGAGCACACCGGGCGGUCUGUACAUCGAAUCGUUCUCCCUGCAGCAACAACCUCAUCACGGCCAUCGCCGUGUACUGCCCCUACCGACCCACGAUCUACUGCCGACGAUCGCAACGAAUUCUUCCCACGGCAUCGCCACCAACAACGGUCAGCAGCAGUCGAAGGAAAAUGUCGCACAAAAUCAUCUGUUUGGCGGUGGUGUUAAUGCGAAGGAUGUGUACAUGAGCGAGCUGGAUGGGUUGCGAAAGGAUCGCCGAAAUGGUGGUUACUACGUGCCAAACGAGUGGCAGCUCGAGUCCCGGUUCGCCCGCAAUCUUGAGGCCAACUUUGCAACCCGUGCGACCAUCCUGGAGCGCAGCGGACGGAAGCUACGGGCUCGAAGCGAAUCGGAACCGCAGGAAUUUCUUUACCACAGUGCCCACAGAAAUGGUGGCUUUAGUGCCGGUAGCAGCAGUUUACUGACGGGCCAGCGGACAUCCUUUUCCGGGCAGCAGCAACGACACAGUCGAGAUAACACACUGAAAAGAACACGCGAUACUAUCUCGCCAACGCUCGAAGCAGACGAAUCAUUCGAUAUGCUUACCGGAGAGGAUCAGCAUCGAGCGGGUGGAAGUGGAUCUUUAUCCUCAUCGGCAGCCGUAAACUGUCAGAAAGAUUCACCUCCUUCCAAAAUGGUGAAUGCAACAGAAGAGAUGGAUGUUUGCACGGAUCAUGCAUUAUCAUCCGGAAGGAUCGCAGGAUCCACCGUACAGCGUAAUAAAUCUUCCAAAGGUUUGUCGGGCGUAGCCGCUGUUCAGUUACGUUCGUCCAAAGUAACUGUGCGCGCAAAUCGUGUUGGAAUCAACAGGCUAAAGCCGAAACUAGCAAGUACACUAACCAGCACGGGUGUAGUUGGCACGGCGGUAGCUUCGGAUACAAGCCGAAAGUCAGCAUCCCCACAACCACAAGCGCAGAAAGGAUCUACAUCUUCGUCCAUCAUCGGCAUCGUGCAUAACACGGGAAGUUCUUCGCCAACUCCGUCCGGUGUUUCCAUCGGUACGAGCGGUGGAGAAUCAGUUCAUACGCAGGAUCUCGACGCCGAAACGAUCGAUCAGUCCGAUGCGGGUGACGAUGAUGACGAUCUGGACGACGAGUGUAACGGGGAAGAUGAUGAUCUCGAUGAUGAGAUCGCCAUUAGUGGCGACGAGGUGCUGGAUGACUCGUUGACCGAUUCGGAAGACAAUUAUCGGUCGUAUCUGGCGGCGGCCUAUCAGAAGCCAAAGUCACACUCGGGUUCACCGUCGCCUUCGCUCGGUAACAAAACACCGGUCGUUACGUCUAUUGGCAGCGUGCUCGGUGGCUGUGCUCCGGAAGGUCCGUUGGCACCCAGUUUAUUCCCAUAUGUUCCGCCAUAUCUUACGUUUGCGACACACGACGAGAAAGGGCCACCGAUGCCACCCUCCAUCCACAAGGUGUUAAAGUGGAAGCUAACGCUAAUUACGCCGAUUGUAGUCCGCAAGGUGCUGCAAAACAGUGGUUUUCGUUUGUUGAAAAAAACGAACGAUUGGGUUGGAAUUUGGGGCAGACAUAUGAAGAGUACGCUGUUUAAAACGUUACGACCGUAUCAAAAGUUUAACCAUCUGCCGGGAAGCUUCCAAAUCGGGCGGAAGGAUCGCAUGUGGCGAAAUUUGCAAACGCAGAUGAACCGCCACGGGAAGAAGGAGUUCGGUUUCAUGCCUCGUACCUACAUCAUACCUCAGGAUUUGAAGAUGUUGCGGCAGUUGUGGCCCCGGUACAAUCAGCGCAACUGCAAGUGGAUUAUUAAACCGCCAGCGUCGGCCCGUGGAACGGGCAUUAAGGUGGUGAAUCGUUGGUCCCAGAUCCCCAAACGGAAGCCAUUGAUUGUUCAACGGUACAUCGAGCGCCCGUUGCUGAUUAACGGCAGCAAGUUCGAUCUGCGGUUGUACGUGCUGGUAACUUCGAUGAACCCGCUCCGCGUGUACAUGCACACGGACGGUUUGGCACGGUUCGCGUCAGUAAAGUACAGCGAAAAGUCGGAAACGCUGAACGAUCGUUACAUGCAUUUAACGAACUACAGUAUUAACAAACUGUCGAACAACUACAGCCAGAACGAGGAUGCCGACGCGUGCCAGGGUCAUAAAUGGACGAUCAAGUCGCUUUGGAGCUACUUUGCCGACCAAGGCAUUAAUGUUGAUCGGCUGUGGAGUGCGUUACGUAAUCUGGUCCUUCGGACAGUCCUUGCCGGCGAGUGUUCCAUACACGCGAUGUCGAAGGUGAAUGUGGGAAGCAAAUACAAUUGCUACGAACUGUUUGGCAUCGAUGUACUGCUCGAUUCCGAGCUUGUGCCGUGGUUGCUGGAGGUGAAUAUUUCACCCUCACUCCACUCGGCAUCAUCGCUGGAUCUUUGUGUUAAGGGACCGCUCGUAAAGGCACUAUUUAACACCGUUAUGUAUCAGGUUCCUCCCAGAAUACCAAUGGCUGAACAGAAAGAGAUACUGAAAGAACAGGGGCUGGAAGGACCGCUCUGUUUCGAUAAGCGUAUCUACACGACCGGAUUGUCGAAGACCGAAAGACUGAAACAUAAUCAAUUCAUCCAGAAAGACUUGUGCCGGGAAGAUUACCUUAAUUCAAUAUUAGAAGAAUUGACACCUGAUGAUGUGCGAUGCCUGCUGCUAACGGAGGACGAACUAGCUCGCAGUGCUCCACUGGAAAGGAUUCUUCCAGCACCGAACAGUUAUCGAUACAUUGGGUUUACCGAACAUCCUCGGUACUACAAUCGUUUGCUAGAUGCUUGGGAGCAUCGGUACAGCCAGAAUCGUUCGGAAGGAAUUGCCCUGUUACAGUCACUAUGUGAACGAAAAGUGCAUCUACAGGUACCUCCCAGCACGCUAAAGAAGGACUGCAACAAUAAACCACAAACGGAUAGUACAAACAGCGAGAACGGUUCUCAGGACAGUGGUGUUCAUACGGAUCAAACCAGCCUGUCAGAGCUACCAUCGCAAGAGUCCUCCUCCAUGUAUCAGUCGCAGGAAUCGAUCGACCAAUUGCCUGAGGAUACGCCACGCCGCAAGGCUACCACCACCAAUGGCACGACCGAACCAACAAUGAAUGAUGAUUCUAUCGUUGUCACAGCUCAGCCCAUUGUAAUCCGUGCCAUCUACCCGCCAGGCAGUGAUAACCUGCUGACUACGCAAACCAUCGAGGUACCGGUCACGGUCGGCACAACUGCAGACCAAGCCCGUAUGACUGAUACGACGACAAGCGGAGAUGAUUCUCAAGCAGCACCGGGCGUGCUAGACGAUAGUGACAACAUUCGGCUGGAAGACAAAAUUAAACUUAUCCUAGAUGACGCGUUGCUGCUGAAGCAACAAGAAUGUGGAGGUGAUACGGAGAAUACGAUCAUAGUGCAGGAAUAGUACUACCAGAGCGC